AUGCCGCCGUCGCUUUCCGGAGGCGGCCGGGCGUUGCGCUUCGCCUACAAGCUGUUCGGCGACAACCGAGUCUACCUGAGGCUGCUGAUGCGCCCCGCCGGGCUGACCCCGCAUCUGUGGGAAGCCUGGGCCACCUGGAGGAACGCGUUCCCGGCCAAGUGGACGGCUGCCGUCGUCGCCAUCCCGCACUCCAACGGAAGCCCUUUCAGGUGUUGUGACUACGGAAAUCACAACGAUAGAAAAUAUCAACAGCACACCUGCUACCAUACCAUCAACAGUUCUUACAUCCGCAACUACACUCACCACAGUGUCAACAACAGCAGCGAGCGAGAGGCCGAGUACUACAGAAAUCACAGCAUCUACAGUGCUGAAGACAACCGACGAAGCGUCAACAACCACGACCACCUUCAGUACAAUGACAACAGAAACGGCAAGCGAGACGCCGAGCACCCCAGGAAGCACACCAGCCUCAACAUCUACAGCGUUGACAACCGAAGAAGCGUCAACAACUGCAAUUACCAAGCGUCAACAACCACUACAGCAGUCAGUACAUUAACAACAGCGAGCGACACGCCUAGCACCACAGAAAGCACACCGACCACAACAGCAUCUACGGUGCUGACAACCGAAGAAGCGUCAACAACCACAACAACAGUGAGUACAUUGACAACAGCAACAGCGAGCGAGACGCCUAGCACCACCGAAAGCCCACCUGCCACAACAGCAUCUACGGCGCUGACAACCGAAGAAGUGUCAACAACCACAACAGUCAGUACAUUGACAACAGCAACAGCGAGUGAGACGCCUAGCACCACAGAAAGCACACUUGCCACAACAGCAUCUACAGUGCUGACAACCGAAGAAGCGCCAACAAUCACAACUACGGUCAGUACACUGACAACAGCAACAGCGAGCGAGACGCCUAGCACCACAGAAAGCACACCUGUCACAACAGCAUCUACGGUGCUGACAACCGAAGAAGCAUCAACAACCGCAAUUACCGUCAGUACAUUGACAACAGCAACACCGAGUGAGACGCCUAGCACCACCGAAAGCACACCUGCCACAACAGCACCUACGGUGCUGACAACCGAAGAAGCGUCAACAACCACAACAGUCAGUACAUUGACAACAGCAACAGCGAGUGAGACGCCCAGCACCACAGAAAGCACACUUGCCACAACAGCAUCUACGGUGCUGACAACCGAAGAAGCGCCAACAAUCACAACUACGGUCAGUACAUUGACAACAACUACAGCGAGCGAGACGCUGAGCACCACAGAAAGUACACCUGUCACAACAGCACCUACGGUGCUAACAACCGAAGAAGCGUCAACAACCACAACAGUCAGUACAUUGACAACCGCAACAGCGAGCGAGACGCCUAGCACUACCGAAAGCACACCUGCCACAACUGCAUCUACGGUGCUAACAACCGAAGAAGCGUCAACAACUACAACAGUCAGUACAUUGACAACAGCAACAGCGAGCGAGACGCCUAGCACCACCGAAAGCACACCUGCCACAACUGCAUCUACGGUGCUCACAACAGAAGAAGCGUCAACAACCACAACAACAGUCAGUACAUUGACAACAGCAACAGCGAGCGAGACGCCUAGCACCACCGAAAGCACACCUGUCACAACUGUAUCUACGGUGCUAAUAACCGAAGAAGCGUCAACAACCACAACAGUCAGUACAUUGACAACAGCAACAGCGAGCGAGACGCCUAGCACCAUCGAAAGCACACCUGCUACAACUGCAUCUACAGUGCUCGCAACAGAAGAAGCGUCAGCAACCACAACAACAACAACCAGCCCUUCAGCUUCAACUACGACGACCGAAUCAACCACAGAAACGGGCAAAUUAAGUAGCCCACCUGCUACAUCAUCGGUGCUGGCAACCACCCAGUACACAUCAACAUCAGAAGCUACCCUUAGCACACUGGUCACUGAAACAACGAGCAAAAGGAGUAAAGGCACCGUGGACACCACACUUCCUCCUGCGAUGUACGCACCCACGGAACCCCCAAUGGUUUUCGGUACCAUGGCAGCACCCAAGUUGUCAGUGUGA